AGGUUCAGUUCACUCAGAGAGGAAGAGGCGAAGCAAGAGGGGUAACUUAGCCCAAAAUCUGUCUACUCCGGCAUGUGGCGUUUUUCCGCUCACCAAGCGAUUAGUUUUUGUAUGGAGGUCAAAUGAGAGUGUCGAAUUUGGUUAACAAAAAGUUGAAUGGUUUAUUUGCUACAUGUGGCUUAUUUGAUAUAAUCGAAGUUUUGUAAUGCGCCGUUUGUUAGGCGUGUACUGAUAUACGUAAGACAUGUGACAUUCCGGCAACUUUGAGAAAAAACACCUCAUAUCGGAGUUGUGGGUGUUGUUCACUUACGUUUAGCCCUCUCAUUGGCUAGAAUGGUCCCACCUGAUCUUGCCUCCUCCGUCUGCCUUCCUUUUUUUUGAAGACAUUUAUUUUCAUUGUUAGAGCGGCCACUAGAGUAUCUGGUCAAUAUAAUGGAUAAUUUUUUGGUUCACUCCAUAACUGUGUGGAUAAAUAUGUGGUUCUCUGGUAAUACAGUUACUAUGCAUCAAGAAAGUCUCCACUGACAUGUAGUCUCUACAAAACAAGAGGUCGUACUGGUGCUUUAGCUUGAUGAAACAGCCGGCUAUGUCUCGACAUAUCCAUAUAGAGGCGUCCGGCGAUGAUGCAGCACGAGUGCCACUUCUCACUAGCCACCUGGAGCUAGCUAGCCUCGACUCGGAUGAAGGUGAAGUUAUUUUUGAGAGGCGUAUUGGAGAUAAUGCAAAUGAUGUUCAGAGAAGUACACAAAGAAAACGAACAUAUGAGGAAGCUGUUGAGGAAGCAGGUUUUGGUUUGUUCCAUGGGCUCCUGUUGGUGGUGUGUGGAUGGGCCAAUGCCAGUGAUGCGGUGGAGAUCCUGUGCGUUUCCUUUCUGCUGCCCACGGCCCGCUGUGACCUCCAUCUCAGCUCCUCAGACAUGGGGUUACUGACGGCCAACAUUUUCCUCGGAAUGAUGAUAGGUGGGUACAUGUGGGGUUACCUGGCUGACCAGAGGGGGCGCCAGAAGGUCUUGGUGAUGUCCCUGACAGUGAACGGAGUGUUUGGAGCGCUGGCCAGCUUUGCCCCAAGGUUCUGGCUCUUCCUUCUACUACGGUUCAUCAGCGGUGUAGGGGUGGGAGGUUCAAUCCCGGUCAUCUUCUCCUACUUUUCAGAGUUUCAGCCCCGGCUGAAGAGGGGGGCAAUGAUAAGUGCUCUGGCCACCUUCUGGAUGGCAGGGAAUAUUCUGGCAGCAGGCCUGGCGUGGUUGGUCAUUCCCCGGACCUGGGUCCGCUUUUCUCUGGGUGGGCUGGACUUCCAGAGCUGGAGGCUGUUUGUGGUGCUGUGCUCUGUCCCCAGUCUCACAUCGGCACUCAUCUUCAGUCUGGCCAUGCCUGAGAGCCCCCGGUUCCUCAUGGAGGCUGGCCGUGAGAUAGAAGCCCUACGUGUCUUCUGCAGGAUGUUUGCAAUAAACCACAGAGGCAGCCUCAAGACCUUCUCGAUUUGUGGGCUGCAUAUCCCUUCUGAGAAGAAAGAGAGGGAGACUAGGAGAGGUGGAACACACACUCGGCGCUUUGUCAACCUCCUCAAACAGUGCCUGGCACCAAUAAGACAGCUGUUUGUUGGAGAGUUGGCCUCUAGAAGUGUAUGUCUGGUCAUCAUAUUCUACUGCAUCUCAUUUGGAUACUAUGGGCUGUGGAUGUGGUUCCCAGAGCUUUUCAAGAGAGCAGAGGAUGGAGGCUCACCCUGUGCCAAUGUGUCUCGCUUACAAAGCCAUGACAACCAAAGCUGCUACCCAGUCAAAACGGCAGUGUACAUGGAGGGCUUUGUCACUGCAGCCUCAAACCUACCAGGGAACAUCUUCACCGUUCUCCUAAUGGACGUCAUUGGAGGAAAGGCCCUGCUUUGUUGCAGCCUAUUGUUGUCCAGUGUGAGUGUGUUCCUCAUCUACGAGGUGAAGACGAAAGCACAGAGUCUGCUCAUCUCCUGUGUUUUUAGUGGAGUGUCUGUGGUGGCCUGGAAUUCCUUAGACGUGUUGGGCACUGAGCUCUACCCCACCCAGCUACGGUCCUCCGCUCUGGGCUUCUUCACAGGAAUAGGCAGAGUGGCAGCCAUCAUGGGUAACAUAGUCUUUGGCCAGCUGGUGGACACCAACUGUGCGAUACCAGUUCUACUUGUGUCUGCUUUGCUGCUGACAGGGGGGAUCACUGCCUUGCGCCUUCCACGCACUAAACAGGCAGAGCUCACCUGAGGCCUCUGUGAGUCCAGAAGACACACUUUUUCCCCCUGUUCAUAGUCCUCGCCAAGGGUUAUUCCCUGAAUCUAGUCUACCUAGAGAUGCCUUUUUCCUAUCAUGACCAAAGAUUGACGUAGAAAAGAUUUUAUAAAACGGAUGUUGUGAAAUGCUGGAUUGCACAAGUGCACUUUGAGAAACCAUGUACCUUAAUGGUUUCUCAAUGAUUAACAAGUCAUUGACCAGAGCUAAUACAGUGAUCUACAAAAGUAUGGGGACAGUGACACAUUUGUUUGUUGUGUAUUAAAAGUAGUUAAAAGUAGAGUAUUUGAUCACAUAUUCCUAGCAUGCAAUAACUACAUCAAGCUUCUGAAUCUACAAAGUUGUUGGAUGCAUUUGCUGUUUUGGUGGUUUCAUUUCUAUUGGUCACAAAAUAAUCAAUGGUAAAUAAUGUAUUGUCAUUUUGGAUUAACUUUUAUUGUGAAUAAGAAUAGAAUAUGUUUCUAAACACUUGUACAUUAAUGUGAAUUAGUGUUGCAUGGUAUACCGGUACCACAGUAAUAUCACGGUACCAAAACAUCAUGAUACCAACAUUUAUAGAUUAUCAUUUCAUAUAAUACUAUCACAUUUUUCAGUCCUACCAAUCUAAGGCACUGGCGCCUUUUAUAAAAUGUGUAUCAAGUCAGUUUUGUUUAUAAAUUCUGUAAAAAAAUAAAUAAAUGCAACUAGUCUCUUGUAUGCGCUGGUCCAAUAAUGUCCACUUAACUUUCAUGCCAUAUCACAUGUAGUAGCUUUAAUCUGCCAGCCCAUCCCAUUCCAGCCAUCACUCACCUGUUUCAAAGACUUUACUGAGUUACAGUUCAUAAAAGGAAAUCAGUCAAUUGAAAAAUGAAUUGGGCCCUAAUCUAUGGAUUUCACAUGACUGGGAAUACAGAUAUACAUCGAUUGGUCACAGAUACCUUUUAAAAAAAGUAGGAGCGUGGAACAGAAAACCAGUCAGUAUCUGGUGUGACCACCAUUUGCCUUAUGCAGCACGACAUCUCCUUUGCAUAGAGUUUAUCAGGCUGAUGAUUGUGGCCUGUGGAAUGUUGUCCCACUCCUCUUCAAUGGCUGUGUGAAGUUGCUGGAUAUUGGCGGGAACUGGAACAUACUGUCGUACACGUCAGUCCAGAGCAUCCCAAACAUGCUCAAUGGGUGACCAUGUCUGGUGAGUAUGCAAGCCAUGGAAGAACUGACAUUUUCAGCUUCCAGGAAUUGUGUACAGAUCCUUGUGACAUGGGGCCAUGCGUUAUCAUGCAACAUGAGGUGAUGGCGGUGGAUGAAUGGCACGACAAUGGGCCUCAAUCUCCUCACAGUAUCUGUGCAUUCACUUUGCCAUCGAUAAAAUGCAAUUGUGCUCGUUGUCCGUAGCUUAUGUCUACCGAUACCAUGGGGCACUCUGUUCACAAUGUUGACAUCAGCAAACCGCUCGCCCACAUGACCCCAUACACGUGGUGUAAACAAAUUUGUGCCGCACAUUUUUGAGAAAUACGCUUUUUGUGCAUAUGGAACAUUUUUGGGAUCUUUUUUUCAGCUCGCGAAACAUGGGACCAACACUUUACAUGUUGCGUUUAUAUUUCUUUCCCCGAGUAAUUUCACAAACCAUUUCGCGGGUCGUUUUAAACUAAUCCCAGGACGCUUAUUAUUGUUUUGAUAACAAACAAUGUUGUUCAAAUUUGAUUGGCACAGGAAAAUAGGCCUGGUAUCGUUGGUAUCAUGGUAGCAUCCACAUGAAUGUAGAAAUUUAUUGUAAAUAAGGACAUAAUAUAAGUGACUCCAAAAUGACAUUAAUUUCUAUUGGGCACAAAAUAAUCUGAAACACAAACAAAACAAACAGCAAAUGUAUCAAGUGACAAACUUGAUGUAAUCAUUGUGUGCUAGGAAUAUGGGACCAAAUACUAAACUUUUGACUAUAAUACACCAUAAGUGAAUUUGUCCCAAUAUUUUUGGUCCCCUAAAAUGGGGGGACUAUGUACAAAAAGUGCUGUAGUUUCUAAAUGGUUUGCCCAAAAUCUAUGAAAAUACCCUCAAAUUAAAGUUGACAGACUGCUCUUUAACAUCAGUUUAACAUAGUUUAAUUUAAAAUAAAGUGCUGUGUAAGUGUUGGUGCUCACUGUGUAUCCGAUAUGAAUAAAUCAGUGAUUCAUGGCUUCAUUAAUUCAUUGCUUGAGUCUGGGCACUUAAAGGAGAACUCCACUUACUAUCGUUGGGUCUUUUUUUCAUUAGUCCACUGUUGAUACAAUCAUAACAUGUUUUGCAUGUUAGCAGUCAAGUUUAAAAGAUAUUGGAUUUCAAGAAGCCAAGUGUUACCAGCCACAUCACAAAACGCAUCAUCAUCAUGAUGUGGCCGGUGAUACUUUGCUUGAACUUGACUGCUGACAUGCAAAACAUUUUGGGACUGUAUCAACCGUUGAAUAUUGGGGAAAAUACCAAAAGAUAGUUGAGAGUGGAGAGUGGAAAAAAGAAAGAGUGGAGUUCCCCUCAAGUGACAAUCAAGAUAGUGUGGCCCACAACGUUUUUGUGAAAUUGCUAAGCAAAUCCAAUUGCUUUGAGUUUACUUAAUUGGAUCCAAAGAUUUAUCACCAUCUGUAAAAAUGGGUUGCCACUGCUUAUAGUCCAUGUUGUAAUGCACCUUGCAUCGAAACCCAGAUAUGGUGCAGAGCGUUUGAUUGUGUUGCUGGGGGGCAAGGAGACCCCCAGCUCCGCUUAAACCAUUGACAACUACUUACCGUUUAAGGGAGUGCUCUUCAAGAGCACAGUCAGAACUACAAAUGUCAGAUUAUUCCAUGUAAAACAAUUGUGCACAUUUAGCUCUAUCAUCAGUGUUAAAGUAACUGUAGGCUUUUCAUGCUCAGUAAACAUUGAUCAUGUCAUUUGAAUUGCAUAUACUCGAUGGUAGUGAUGGGUUCUGAUUUCUUAACUGUUGGAAUCAUGAAAUAUACUUAUUCAUUUCACUGAGGGGGAGAGGGUAAUGUAUAACGUUUACAUUAUGUCAGGAUAUGUUAUUGUUAGCCAUCAGGGAUCCUAUGGGAGGAGAAGAGACAGUCUGGUACGAGUCAUCAUAACAGCCUUGAGUUGGAUGAAGUGAGGAAGAAUAUAUAUAUAUAUAUAUAUAUACACACACACAUACAUACAUACAUACAUACAUAUAUACAUACAACUAAUCUUCUGGAUAGCAACAGAGGUGUAUUGGCUGUUCAGAUGUGUAAGGGGCUCAGCAUAGGAGAAAAGGGUUAAAUAUCAGUGCUUGUGAGAAUCUAUUUGUUUGUUCAGCUGUUCGAUCCUUUGGGGUGAAUAAACUUGGUUGGAGCUUU